AGUAUUUUUCUUGAGAGAAAUAUAGAAGAUUGAAACUUGUCAUACUCUUCCUCUAUUUUGAUAUCUCUAUCCUCUCUUCCUAUCAACAUCAACACAAGUUAGAGGCCAAAGCAUGAACUGAUUCUUCAUCAUCAGAUGGAAGAUGGCUCAUUGUUUCAUUCCCCCUCAGCAACUGCUUGUACUUUCAUGAUCACAGGAGAUGCAGGUUUCAAGGAGUACCUGCAUGGCGUUGUUAGAAGAUCUGGCAAUUUUGUUCCUGCCAUGUUUCCUGUGGACCAAGAUCUGAUAAAGCUAUGUCUCGUGGACCAUUUGAGACAAUUAGGUUGUGGAGAGCAUUUCGCAAAUGAAACACAUGUCGUUAUGGACCAAAUUUACAGUGACUGGUUUAUUCAAGAUCUACAAUCGUGCAACAUAUACGAUUUACCUCGACAGAUACAGAAAGACUCUUUAGCCUUUAAACUUCUGUGGAUGCAUGGAUAUGACGUAUCUCCCAGAAAGUUUUGUUGGUUUAUGGACGAUGAAGAGAUGCUGAUACAUAUCGAAGAAAAUUACACUCAAUUCUUGGUGGCCAUGACUGGUGUUUAUAGGGCAGCACACUUUAUGUUUCCUAGGGAAGUUGAGCUUCAUAAUGCCAAACUUUUCUCUGAAAAGAUACUUCAGAAAAGUUUGUCUGGAUCAGAUACCAGGAAUAAUCCUGCAAUUAUGGCUGACCUCCAAAAACAGAUUGAGCAUGAGUUGGGACUUCCAUGGCUAGCUCGAAUGGACCACCUCGAGCAUCGAAUGUACCUGGAAAGAAGUAAAGGAUAUAACUUACAGAUGGGGAAGACUUCUUCAUGCAGCCUCCUGGAUUCCAAAUUUGCCAUUCAACUUGCUGCUGAACUUUUCACGAACCGUCAAAUGCUCUACGAAUCUGAACUCGAGGAGUUAAAGAAGUGGUCAAAAGACAGUGGACUUUCCAGCAUGGGCUUCGGUCGGGAGAAAACAACGUACUGUUACUUUCUAACUGCUACUGCAGUUACUCUUCCUUUGCAAUCUGAUCUACGCAAAGUAGCUGCACGAUGUGCAAUUUUAGUUACAGUGAUCGAUGACUUCUUUGAUGAGAAAGGUUCAGAGGAUGAAUUGGAGAGCCUUACUAAAGCAGUUCAAAGGUGGGAAGGAGAAGGCUUAUCCGGCCAUUGCAAAGUUAUUUUUGAUGCCCUUGAUAACCUUGUUCGUGAUAUUUCCUUCAAAGCUCUCAGUCAACACGGUUAUGAUGCAAAAAGCCUUCUUCAAGAUAUGUGGCGAGAGACAUUUGAGUCGUGGUUAAAGGAAUCCGAUUGGAGUAGGAAAAGACACGCACCUACGGUCACCGAGUAUCUUGAGGUUGCCGCGAUCUCUAUAGCCAUACAAGUCAUGACUCUUCCGGCAUGCUUCUUGGUGAUUCCCCAAGUUCCAAAGCACAUACUAACCUCUCGGUAUAGUACCAUUACCAAGUUGACAAUGAUCACCUCGCGCUUGUUGAAUGACAUCCACAGUUACCAGAAAGAAAUACGGGGUGGUAAGUUCAAUAUGGUGCUCCUGUAUGUCAAAGAGAACCAAGGGGCUACUAACGAAGACUCAAUUGAGCACAUUAGCAAAAUAAUUGAGAGAAAGGAAAGAGAGUUCCUUGAGAUUUAUAUGGAUGAUACGUACGCUGGUUUUCCUAACGAAUGGAAGGAUCUACAUUUAGGUACUUUCAAGUCAUUCCGAAUGCUCUUCGAUACAACUAAUGCAUUUGACUCGCCUACUGCAUUAGUCCAAAGUAUCAGCGAUGCUUUCUACAACCCGUUAGUGAUGGAUUCUCGGAGAACAUUUUCGUCGAGAGAAGAAACUUUACUUAAACCAAUGAAGGAGAGUUGGAGUCAUCCAAGGAAGAAGUAUACUGAUGAUGACUUGUUGAUAAAGUCCGGCAAUCGAUCUGAGAGAAAACACGGCACUAUACCACAAAAUUCAAGAAUGCUGACAAUGAACAUCAAUCGACGAUGGUCUUCUAAGACAUGGAGUAUCUCAAGGAGAAGAUCUUCUACUAUUGCUUUGAUGGGCCCUUGCAUCAACUCAAGGGUCUUGUCUAAGAUAUAGGAGGUUCUUAUAUUUCGCAGUUUGGCAGCAACUGCAUAAUUAGUUUCUUCUAUGUAUCAGUUUAAGAGUUCCUUGGAUUUUGGACAGAUUUCAAAUAUGUAAUAAAGAUGCAAGUAAAUCAAUGUUU